AUGAACAACAUCACCUUUCCUAGGGAUCCUGCUAUACUGUUUGGGGGUACUGAAUAUCGCUUUGUUGUUCACUCCAGAGACCAUCAAAUGAAAAUCCGACUCGGGACCAAAGCAACCGUCACGUCUAAAAAUGACGGGGGACUCUUUCUAGUACGCCAAGGUUUCUAUACAGGCUCUAUGAGGCACGGGACAAUUCCGGUGAUGUCUUUCGAGGCAAGGCGAAGACAUGCAGGUGGUAUACGCCGUCCAGCCGGGGAGCCAGAGGCAUUUUCUCCCGACAUUCUUGCCCAAGAAGUGUCGGAAUUACUAGGUCAAGCUAUGGAGCAAGCCGCCCAAUUAGGACCUUGGAGUGACCGGGAGGCGUUUGUCCUCUCGAUUCACGGAACACGGCUUCGGCUGAUUGCAGCUCACUUUACGGCCAAGUACCUUUCGUGUGUUAACAGCGCCACGAUGCCGACUACCGAGCACCUCUGGGUGAGACGGUCUAAGUGGUUUGAUCUGAAGUUGGUUGCUGAGAGGCCUGGCGCACUUAAGCUAUGCAUGGGCAUCUACGAAUACCUGCGAAGAGGUAACGCUGAGGUCGCCCAACUACAGAAAGUUUUCGAGGAGACUUGA